UGGGGGUUACGUCGCAGUUGUGGCUGAGUCCCCGGGUUGUUAGCGGUGGUAGUUCGUUAUUGAAUAACGCGUUAAAUCUGAAAACGCAGCCGACGUGUUAAAGAUGACUGGCUGGAGGAGUGAAAAAAGCGUGGGAAUUUUUAUUUUUUCACAGUCUAAAAACAAAUCCAGUAGAAUCCAGUAUUUUCAAGACAUGCUCAAUAACCAUGCUUUUAUAGAAGAAUGAAAGAUUUACAAUUAGGUGAUGGUUAAAAUAUAACUACACUGAAGAAUUAUGAAGUGGGUCUGUGCAGUGCUGAUGAGAAAAAUACACCAUCAUGUCUGGAUGUGUUCAGCGUUGGUUCCAAAGGAAGCAAAAUCAGUUCAACGUUGCUUUAUCUGUAACUGUAGACUGAUGUCAGAUUACAAGCCUCAGAAUGUUAUAGACUCUUACAAGCUACUUAAACUUCAGGAAGGGUGUUCAUUGGAUGAUGUCAAAAAUUCAUUUUUAGAGCUUGCUAAACAAUACCAUCCAGAUAGUGGAUCAGUCACAGCAGAUUCUACCAUUUUUGUUCAAAUUGAAGAAGCAUACAGAGUUGUUGUUAAUGAUAUGGCCAAGAAAAUAAAAUCAAGAGAUAAGGAAGAGGAUGAUGAAGAAGACAAAUCGAAAUCUAAAGCUGUACAACAUAGACAGUAUUUAAAUUUUGAAGGUAUUGGUUUUGGUACUCCAAGUCAAAGAGAAAGGCAGUAUAUACAGUUCAGAGUUGAUAGAGCUUCUGAACAAAUCAUGGAAUAUCGACAACGACAAAUGGAGAAACAACUAGCUAUGGGAGAUGUUAUGCUAGCUAAAGAUGUAAAGAAAAGUAAAAAAGUAAAAAUAACCCAAGCAAUCGAACGCUUGGUUGAAGAUCUCAUUCAAGAGUCUAUGGCAAAAGGAGAUUUUGAUAAUCUAAGUGGUAAAGGAAAGCCAUUACAAAAAUUUUCAGACUGUCCACACAUUGAUCCUAUGACACACAAUCUGAAUAGGAUCCUGAUAGAUAAUGGAUACCAACCAGAAUGGAUACUUAUACAGAAAGAAAUAAGGGAAACAAUUGAAAAGUUAAGGAAGACUAUAAUAGCUUCUAGGAAUAAGUUAGGUGAUCCAAUGACUGUCCAAAAAGAGAAGCAAUGGAAGGAAGUUUGUGAAGAAUUUAGGGAAAACAUUAAGAUAUUAAACAAAAGAAUUAAUGAUUUCAAUUUAGUUGUUCCUAUUCUUAGCAGACAGAUGGUCCAUUUUAAUGCAGAUAAAGAGAUUGCACAUGUACAAGACAUCUUUGAAGCCCAGAUGAAAAAUAAGUCCAAGGCAGAAGCAAAGAAAAGAGAAGCUGAAAUGGAACAUGGUAGACAUGACAUAAAAACCAUUGUUUUAAAGUGGAUAGCUCUUAUUUUGAAGUAAGAACAAGAAUUUAGUCAUUUAAUUUCAUAGCAAUGAACUUUAAAUAAGAUUCAUAAGACAUGCCAAAGGUGGGGUUUUUUUGUCCUAUUAACUAUUGGAACAAUCCCUUAUUCAAACUGAAGAACUGAACUGAACUGCAAAACUAUAAAUAAAUGUUUAUUAA